AUGGUCGGCGAUCGCGGACUCGAAGUGAGCUGCUUCUAUCAACAGCCGCUGUCUCCCCAGGAGAUCACUCGGGUCGCAAAAAAUAUAGCUGACACCGAUUGCACUUACCGUAUUCAUAGUAGACCGGAACUAAGUUUUUUCGUCUCUUUCAGAUGUGAAAUCGAUCAUCACUUCCUCGAAACGCCCAACUAUUCUCGACUGGGCCACCCGCAAGAGGAAACCUACGUAUUUCAGGAGAUGUCAGUAUUCAAGUUCCCAGGCGAAGGAGAUGUGUACUUCCAAUGCAAGAUAUCACUGUGUGAUAUGGAAGGCGGAACAAUGCCAUGCACUAAACAAGUGGUGAAAGUCUCCACACCGGUACUUUGGGCUGCAUCACCCUAA